GUGAGACUUCAGAGGCCUCAGCAUCGUUUGAGAAAAGGUAAAAACUUUAAAGUCGGAGAUGGCAAAUGGACCCGCGCUGUCCACUGGCAGAGGUGGGCAAGUUUUCGUUGGAAGCGAAAUCAGAGAUUCCUUCUCACUGUUGGAUGUUCUCUAUGCAAAUCAGUUCGAAGGAGAGUCUUUUGAUCAAAAUCUUUUUGAGCAGACGGAGGAAAACUUUUACAGGGGGGCCCCACCCCAGUGGUUAAACUUUCACAUCAGUGAACAGGCAGUGUCAGCUGGCACUGGAACUCCUUUCAUUAAACGAGAUGGAUAUGACACACUUGUGGAACAAGUUAAAAGAAAACACUUUGGAAUGUCAGUGUCUGUUAAGCUGUUCCACAAGCCAGGAUGUGGAGGAACCACACUGGCCAUGCAGGUUUUGUGGGACUUGCGGAAAACCUUCAGGUGCGCCGUUUUAACAGGCUCAACCUCAGACAUCCCAAAUGCAGCAAAGGAAGUGGUGCAGCUCUUCACAGCAGGCAGCCGAGACUACCAGAACACUGUGCUGCUGUUACUGAAUGAUGAGCAGAUUUUGGAAGAUCUGCAAGAAAGCAUAAUGAUGGAGAUGGCCGGGCGGAAGGUAGUCGCUCAUAUGCCCGUGGUGACUUUGCUCAGCUGUGUGAGAAAGGAUGCAGUUCAAGAUGGCGACCAUGUCGUCCUACAAGCGUUCCUUUCUGACGCAGAGAAGCAAAAAUUUAAUGCGAAAAAGGAGGAGCUGAGCAGAAGGUACAGCGAUAAACAUGAACGAUUCCACGGCUUUAACAUAAUGCACACUGAUUUCUCUCAAGAUUACAUCAAACAAGCAUGCACAGUAUUCAGUACAGUCCGAAAGGACUGCAGACCGCUGAAGACCCAGCUUGCUGCCUACCUAUCCCUGCUGAAUGCUUAUGUUCCAGGCUCCUAUCUCCUGGAGUCUCAGUGCCUCCACUUUGUCAAGUGCAAAGAUGGAGACAAACCACUGGAGGACAGAAUGAAGCCCUUUAGUCAUCUCAUCGUCACCUUUCAACAGGAUGGGAUAAGAUCAGGAAAAAAAGUCUGCAUGGCUCACCCUAUGAUAGCACAGUGUUGUACUAAAUUGAUGGCUGAGGUAGAUGUGACCAGAAGCGACACAGCAAGAAACCUCUUGACCCGUUUGUGCAUAGAUGUGGUUCCUCCAUUUUUGUUUGGUUUUGUCAAAGACAUGCUAACCAAAAGAAAAGCAAAACCAGAAGACACAAAAAAAGAAGAGAACACAGUGGAUCAUACAGAAGUUAAAGUGGAAAAGUUUUCUAAACUGAUUCAAGAUAUUCAAAACAUGGAGGACAAGGCAGAAUGUGUGUCAGUUUUAAAGGUGGCGUCGUGGGUAUUUGCUCAGAAUCCAUUUUUUCCACAAGCACUUGCUCGUUUUUAUUACAUAGAACUAAAAGACUACAAGAAAGCAGAAAUGUGGGCAAACACAGCAAAGCAAAGAGAUCCCCGCAAUUCAUUUGUUGCUGACACACUGGGCCACGUCCAUAAGAACCAUUUGAAGAACGUAGAGUCUCCUGACCAACCACGAGAAGUUUUGCAGCUGGCCAAAAAGGCCAUUGAAGCUUUCAAACACGAAGAACAACUCGCCGAAAACGAACAAGGGACAGGCAUGAAAGACGAUGGCAACACCAAAGUCUCGCGUGUUUUUAACACCAGAGGGCUGUUUGGUUACCUGCAGGUGUGCAACCUUGUGUAUGACCUACUUGUCAGGCAGAACGAAACCUGGCAAAGAGUUCUCACAGGGAACGUGUCCAAGGGCUCUGUCCUGGAAUUACUUAGGAACAACAGGCUCUUUAAAUUUUACGAUCUAAUAAGCAGCCUGAGACCUGAGGUUGAGAAAAAAUGUGCAUUUUUUGAGAAAUAUCUGACUUACUCAAAAGUUGACAGGAAGAAAGAUGAUCCCCAGUACAUUUCCAAAGACACAUCAGAAUGCUACAGGAAGUACGUCAGAGACCCCGAGUCCAAACAGUUUGAACAAAACAGGGCUGGUUUCAUCCAGAAGCUUAAACAAAACCUGGCUGACACCUCUGCUGGAGAGCUCUCGUGUCUUGGAAGAGAAUACACUGAAUCAGAGCUUAAAGACAUAACUACACAGUGGGAAGAAAUCUUUCUACAAUCCUUUUGCGAAUCUUUAACUGCAAUUAGACGGAAAAUGCCCCUGAGCUCCAGCGACGCACCUGAGCUGCACCUGGUAACCCUCCUCCUGCGCUGGCCUUCAGACGGUGACGACAAAUGUGCCUUUGACCUUGGUCAAUUGAUCCAGUGCAUGCAACACUCUUACGAACAUGCAUAUGAGACAUACUUUCGCUCAAGGCACCUCCGCCCUCUUUUUUUCAUUGGAAAAGGGCGAGGCCUGAGCAAAAUUGUUCACAGAAAUGUCCUCGAGACGUUGUUUCUUGGGCAAAACAGCGGACAGAUACAAGACUGGAGCGAUGAGAAGGUUUUUCACAAUCCCAGGGUCCGAGAACGCCUUCUCAAAGUUGAAGGGGUGGUGCAAAACUACAGAGUGUGUGCGACUAUUGGUGGCAAAGCGAUCAAGGUUGAUGCAAACCUGCGAAACAGCCUCCGGAAACCACGCCAAGUUUUGUUUUACCUUGGGUUUACCAUCAGAGGUCCUGUCGCCUUUGGCAUUGAGACAAAAACUUCAGACAAGGCCUGCGUGGAUCGCCAGCGGGUCAGCUCUGACUGACAGGGCGAGCGCUACGGGAGCUCACGAUGAGGCGAUUGAUCUCAAAUGCAGCCUAUUAUGCUGCGAGAGCUUGAAAAACCACACAAGACCAGACGGACAUCGUCGAGUUUGUGACGAAGAUGAUCCAGACGCUGUCUGUGAAAACUUGACAGGGAUGAAGUACAUGAGGCCUCACGUUUCCCAGCCUGAGGGGCUGUGGUGAAGGACACACACAAUGUGAAGUGAUUUUUUUUUCAUCACGUGUCACAAUUUUUUUUAUCUUUUUUCCAUAUGAAACUCGUGUCUGGGUGCAUAUUUUGAAUUUUGGCAGUUUCAGCUCGCCAUACAAAACAAAUCUAUGGCAUUUGUAGUUGUACAGCUUAUUAAAUUCACUUUCUUUUCUACAGAUUUGUUACAUAUUUGUGUGAAACAGGAAAUGCUUUACUACAUUUCCUUCCUCAUGAAGGGUAUUUGUUGUUUUAAAUAGAACUAUUUUGUAAUGUUCCCACUUUUUUCUUUGAGUUUGUUUCUUUGAGUGAUGGUCAUUUUGUUGCAUCAGUUUGUAUAAGAUGUGUUACAUAAGCAAAUAAUCAUGAAUACUACAUCUCAUAAUUGUUUAACUUCGUAUUUUUGGACUCUGUCAGAAUGUACACUCAAAAAGGGGAAUCUGGCUGGCUGUUACAUUUACAUAUAUCAUGUAUUUUGUACAAUAUAAGUUGAGUGUGAUUAAAUCAUGUAGAAUUUGCUUAAAAUUUAACAACAUAAAACUGAUUAGAUUAAAUCAUUUUGAGAUAAACUGAUCCAAUCUGACUGAGUCUAGCUUUUAGCAGGAUGUGCCGUUUCUUCGCGUAACCAGAAAAAUCACGGUAGUCAUCGCGAGAAGUAGGUGAAAGCUCAGUUGUUGCGUGUAUAUGGAAAGGUAAGCAGAAAGACAUUAUCAUCCACCCAAAUGCAAAUGAAAUGCUGUGUAUAAAUAUAAUCAGCGGUUCGUCCAUGAUUUUCAACGAUAUAUAAAUGGCCACGAUAGUUUAUUUGUUAUUUAGUGGUAUUUUUAAUUAGACUUAAAAAGCCGACACCAUGUCCAUGGCUAAUUGUGGCGCGUAAGCUAACGCUAACCGAGUGGUGCCUAUUGUCGGCCAGCUGACGUUAGCUAAGCCAGCUAGUAUCUCCUCUAGAGAGCGCAGAAAAGGUUUGUUAGCUAAUAAAUGUUAGCGUCAACUAGCUAGCUAACCUUAGUUUUAGUUGGUAAUUAGUACCGGGGGAGCGAUGUAAACAUCGGCUCAAAUUCAUUAGCAGUUAGACUAAUAACGGGCUCAGCGAGGGGGUAUAUUGAGGGAUAUGAUGGCAUGCAGUGCGAACAGUGUUUGCAUGUGCAGUUUGUUUACAUACAGGUGUUAUCUGACCGGUACUAUUUAGAGCUUCUUACUAAACCGUAGGCUAGCUAGCUAGUUGACGCCAACAUCUACGGCUGCUAACGUUAGUUGUUUGCUGGUUCACAACACCAAUUAGGCUACAUUCUUCUGGUGGAAGUAUGAUGUAAAACGACCUAAGUGGCCUGACAUGGCGAUGUUAUGCUACAUGAGCGCUUUCCAUGUGUAGUUUCACAUUAUGUUGCGUAGCACUCAGCCAAGCCAACCAACCCUUUAAUGAGUACACACAGAGGGAUUCACGUUAGCUGCUCUCCUCAGGUAAAGCUAAGUGAUGAUAAAUCUCCUGUUGUGCAUCAUUAAAUAUGUUUGAGUUCUGAACGUUUGAUAAGUAAUUUAGCUAGUUAGCUAAUUUAUAAUCCUAGGUUGUCUAUCAGAAUUAUAUAGCUAGCUUGUAAACUAGCAUUAGUAUCAAAUGCAGCACAUGGGAUAAGUUUGCCUUCGGGGCUUUUUGCCAGAAAUCCACGGUUUAGGUUACCCUAAGCCCUGAAGGGUUUCUGGCAAAAAGCCCGAAGGCAAACUUCUCUCAUGUGCUUAAAUGCCACAUCACUUAAUUUAGCAAGCAAUAAUUUCUCAAACAUAUUGUA